CGUUUUCUUCGCAAACCCUCUCUCUCUCUCUCUCUCUCCUCGAUUGCUGUCAUUGCCAACAUCAGCAACUCUAACUUCCUUCUCUCUCUCUCUCUCUCUCAAAUUCUUCUAAAGAUGCUCGUCUUCUCAUUCCUCGGCCGGAAACCAGACUGCGAUAAACCAAUUCCUAGCGCCCGAACCUGACAUCCCUUCGCCAAUCAUGGGUCACCAGGCCCGCCGUGAGUUUCAACCCGCGUCCAACACCGUCGAGGUUUCUGACCUCGUAUGGCCCUUCGGCCGCCUCGACGGCAUCGACGACGACGACCUCCGGGAGACAGCCUACGAGGUAUUCUUCACGGCGUGCCGGUCGUCCCCGGGCUUCGGCGGGGGGAGGCACUCGAUGAUCCACCCGGCGACGGAGGGGGGAGAGCCGGCGUCGCCGGGGAAGGUGAACGGGGUGGGGAUGGCCGUGACGAGCAGGAUCAAGAAGGCGCUGGGUUUGAAGAUGUUGGGGAAGUUUCAGUCGCGGAGGGCCAGCUCGAUCGGGUCGGGCUGCAACAGCCCCGUGGCGGGUCGGUCCAGGGUCCGGCUGCCCAUGACAUCGGCGGAGAUCAUGAGGCAGCAGAUGAGGGUGACGGAGCCCAGCGAUAACCGGCUUCGUAAGACGCUCAUGAGAAUCCUUGUCGGCCAAAUGAACAGAAGGGCAGAGACGAUAAUCCUGCCGCUGGAGCUACUCCGGCACCUGAAGCCGGCGGAGUUCAACAACGCGAGCGAGUACCAUUUCUGGCAGAAGCGGCAGCUCAGCCUCUUGCAAGCAGGCCUCCUCCACCACCCUUCCGCCCCACUCGACCCCUCCAACCCCUUCGCCGCCCGCCUGCAAGACAUUAUCCGCUCCGCCGACGCCAAAGCCGUCGACGUCGCCAAGAACUCCGAGUCCAUGCGCGCCCUCUGCAAUUGCGUCGUCUCCCUCGCCUGGCGCAGCUCCGAAGGCUCCCCUGACGACGUCUGCCACUGGGCCGACGGCUACCCCCUCAACGUCCACAUCUACACCGCCCUCCUCCAUUCCAUCUUCGACCUCAAGGACGACACCCUCAUCCUCGACGAGGUGGACGAGCUCCUCGAGCUCAUGAAGAAGACUUGGUUGACGCUCGGGAUCAAUCGCUCCAUCCACAACCUCUGCUUUACAUGGGUUUUGUUCCAGCAGUUCGUGGUCACAGGUGAGGUGGAGCCGGAGCUUCUCGGCGGGGCGCUGGCCAUGCUGAAGGAGGUGGCGGCGGACGCCAAGAGGGCAGACAGAGAGCUUGUGUAUGUGAAGAUGAUGUCGGCGGCUUUGAACUCGAUGAAGAAGUGGGCGGAAAGGAGAUUGUUCUGCUACCACGGCGCCUUUGAUCGGGCACCGGCUGGCUUGAUGGAGAGCCUUCUUCCUCUGGUAUUCUCCAUCAACAAGAUUCUAGAAGAUGAUGCCAUCGGGUUUCCGGCUGCUGAUCAGCAACAGAAAGUGGACGUUGUCUCAGCCACGGAUUCAACUAGGAACAGAGUGGAUCGAUAUAUCAGAUCUUCUCUCAAAUAUGAAUUUGCCAAGUUGCUGGAGAAUGAGAAGUUCGAUGAUACUACUCUUGAAGUGGUACCAGAGGUGGCUGAAACCCUCAUCAAGUUAGCCAAAGAGACUGAAGAGUUAGCCUUGAAGGAAAAGCUAAUCUUCAGUCCUGUGCUCAAGAAAUGGCACCCAAUUCCAGCCGGGGUUGCAGCUAUGACGCUGCACACUUGCUAUGGUACCUUGCUGAAGCAAUUUAUGGCCGGGGUUUCCUUGCUCUCAGCCGAGGCGAUCAAUGUCUUGCAUAGAGCCGGAAAGCUAGAAAAGGUGCUAGUUCAAAUGGUGGUUGAAGAUUCGGCUGACUGUGAAGAUGGUGGAAAAGGCACUGUGAGAGAGAUGGUUCCAUAUGAGGUUGAUUCAAUCAUAUCGAACUUCUUGAAACAAUGGAUGCAUGAGAGGUUGAAGAAAGGGAAAGUCUUCCUUCAAAGAGCUAAGGAAACUGAAUCAUGGAGUGCGAGAUCCAAAGGCGAACCAUACGCACAUUCAGCUGUAGAGCUAAUGCUAAUUGCCAAGCAUACUGUGGAUGACUUCUUCGAGAUUCCAUUAGGCAUUUCUGAAGAUCUAGCUCAUGAUCUUGCUGAUGGCUUGGAGAAUAUCUUUGGGGAGUUUGCUACUUUUGUUGCAUCAUGCGGAUCAAAACAGAGUUAUGUUCCAAAUCUGCCUCCAUUAACGCGAUGCAGCAGUGGCUCGAAGAUCUUUAAACUAUGGAGAAAGGCCAGCCACUGCAGUGUUAGAGCACACGAGACACAUCUACAAGGUGGCUCAAACGAAGGCCAGCAUCCCCGGCCUUCGACUAGCCGGGGGACACAACGACUCUUCAUCCGGCUCAACACCUUGCAUUAUCUUCUUUCCCAAAUUCAAUCCCUCGACAAAACCCUAUCACUUUCCCCUCGAAUCGUUCCCUCCCCGAAAAACCACCACAAGCACAGACAUCAUGGCUUUUCCUCCUGUUACUUUGAGAAAGCCUGCUUGGGCAUUCAAGCUGCCAUCCAACGUGUCUCAGAAGUUGCAGCGUACAGGCUCAUCUUCCUAGACUCGAGCUAUGUAUUCUAUGACAGUUUAUACGUUGGUGAUGUAGUGAAUUCGCGUAUAAGACCGGCCUUGAGGAUUCUCAAGCAGAAUCUCACACUGCUUUGUACCAUUGUCACCGAGAGGGCUCAGCCAUUAGCAUUAAAAGAGGUUAUGAGAGCCACUUUUGAGGCCUUUCUCAUGGUUCUACUUGCAGGAGGAAGCUCCCGCACCUUUUUGAGGGAGGACCAUGAUAUGAUUGAGGAGGACUUCGACAGUUUGAAGCGGGUUUUUUGCGCUUGCGGGGAAGGUUUGAUAUCUGAGGAUGUGGUGGAGAGGGAGGGUGAAACGGUGGAAGGGGUGGUGGCAUUAAUGGGGCAGCGCACUGAACAUCUUGUGGAGGAUUUCAGCAUUGUGGCUUGUGAAGCAAGUGGAAUAGGGAUUAUGGGCACAGGGAAGAAGCUGCCGAUGCCUCCAACAACCGGCAGAUGGCAUAGAUUGGAUCCAAAUACCAUAUUGAGAGUGUUGUGCCACAGGAAUGAUCGGGCAGCGAAUGACUUCUUGAAGAAGGCAUUCCAGUUAGCGAAGAGGAGGUGAUGAAGAACGAAGAUGAUGUGUACAGUAGAAGCAAAAAGGAUGCAGGCUCAUCUUUUUUACUUUUUUGUAUCGAAAUCUGAGAUUGGAUUCAGAUCAUGUGAAGGUACUUGCAGGAGAUGCAUUGUAUCAGAAUUGCAAUGGAAUGGAAUUUAUGUAAGAAGUCAGAAAACUAACCGAUUGCUGUAAUAUGAACAAAUUGUUGGGGGCUGAGAGAGAAUUGUACUUAUGUUGCUAGCUCCUUGUUCUUUGCAGCACUAGGAGAUUUAGUACGACUUACAGGUGGGCAUAUGCAAAUGGAUUUUUUGCUCUUCCCUUUGUUAAUUUCUCUGUUUUAUGUACAUCUACUUACUAUA